AUGAAAGCAUUGGCUAGGCAAUAUUUUUGGUGGCCAAAUUUAGACAAAGAUAUAGAAAAGUAUGUAAAAAGUUGUGAAGCAUGCAUGACUUUUUCAAGAAACCCGGAAUUGGUAAAAUUAACAAAGUUCACAGAGGCAAAGGAAGUAUUUGACAGAGUUCAUAUCGAUUUUAUGGGACCUUUUAAAGGUAAAAUGUUUUUAAUAAUAACAGAUUCUUAUUCGAAAUGGCCUGAAAUUUAUUUAAUGAAUAAAAUAGACUCCGAAAAUACCAUAGAAAAAUUGAGAGAUUGUUUAUCGAGAUUUGGGUUACUUAAUAAAAUAAUUAGUGACAAUGGAACUCAAUUUCUAUCGGAAGAAUUUCAGAAAUUUUGUAGACAUAAUGAUAUUAAACACAUAACAUCAGCACCUUAUCACCCAGCAACAAAUGGAGCUGCGGAGAAUGCUGUAAAGUCGUUCAAAAUUGGUCUAAAAAAAGCUUUAUAUGAUGAAAGAAAUAGAAAUGUAUCACUUUUAACCAUCAUAACUAGAUAUUUGUUUGCAUAUAGAAAUACACCACAUUGUGUCACAAAUGAAACACCUUCCACAUUGAUGCUCAAACGCAAUAUAAAAACAAGAUUAAAUAUUUUAAAUAAAGUAGAUUCUGAUAAACAAUUAGAAAGACAAAUAAAAUAUUUUAAAGGUAACAGAGAAGUGAGCUUCGAAGAGGAGGAGGUAGUGUAUGUGAAAGAUUAUAGAACACCAGGUGAAAGUAGGUGGACUAAGGCUAAAAUAUUAAAAGUAUUAGGAAUAAGUACAUAUUUGUGCAAGGUAAUGGAUGAUGCAUCCUUAACGUGGAAAAGACACGCAGAUCAAAUUGUUAAAACCGGAGAAUUUUAUGGUGAUUAUAUAGAAAAAUUAGAGAUGAAAGAAUUAGAGAAAGCCAAACUUAGUGAGAUAGAAAUGAGAAGGUUCCUGCGUCCUUUGACAUUGGAGAAAGGAACAAAAGCAGAACUAUGA